AUGUCCUACACUAGUCCAGCACCCGUAGCAACUUUCGAGGCUAUUACCAACAACCUGUCGUCCCUCCUACGACCCCCAUUCAAAGCGAAAGCCUCCACACUAGAAGCAACGCAUGGGCUAGAAAAUGCUUUUGCAGAAGAACUACGACCUAGCUUCCCUAAAGCUACCUUUCCCGUCACUUCCAACAAACCCCCGUCGACACCCAGAAAGAACUCCCUAACUCCCGAAGUUACCGGCCUUCCUACUGCGAGACCUGUCGAUGAGAUCCUGCCCGUACAUAGAAUCAAUGCUCUAACUCCAGAAGCUACCAACCUAGCCAUGACAGCACUACACGAGACAGAUAUCCCUCCCAUACCGGCACCUACGCAUAUACCCACUCAACCCCAUCCCGGUACGCCUUCGUCGUCUUUCCCACCGCAACAGCUUCCCCAGGUCUCGUCCGACGACAUCGAGGAUGACGAACAGGAGGAACUUGAAAUGGCUGACAUCAUGAUCUCCAUUGCAGACUCAGACUUGGAAUGA